AUGAUGCCCGCGCAUGCGCCCAGGUCACCGGUCAAGAUGGUGGCUGUUCACUUCGGACCGUUGCUGGCUUCAGCCCUCUCACCUGCCCCCCCGACCUUGCUGUAUGGAAAAGAGCGUUUCUUCCUAUUUCCGUCACUUCCGUUGCGCCCCGCUCUCCUGUGGCGUGGGCAGACUCCUUUCACCACCGCGGUGAAUGCUGGGAUGUUAGAAGGAGAAGAUUUGCAGUUGGGAAAUUCAAGCCAAGCAUCAAAUCAGGAUACGAUGGAUUUGCUCAAUUUGUCACUACCUGAAUGUCAGCAGGUAUUGAAAAUGGAAGGAAAACAACCCAUCUACAUCUGGGAAAAAGCACACUUGUGUUCUUUGCAUGGACGAGGCCUCAAACAAUCUUCUGGCCCCAAGAACCACAAGUGCAUUCACACUGGGAAGAAAACGUGGCAAUGUGGGGAUUGUGGCAAAGAUUUCAGGUCCCCAUCUGAGCUGGAAAUUCACCAACACAGUCACACUGGGGCAAGGCCAUUCACCUGCUCCAAGUGUGGUAAAGGAUUCAUGCAGCCAUCCACCCUGCUGACACACCAGAGAGUUCACACUCAGGAGAGACCUUUUCAAUGUCCAGAUUGUGGGAAGUGCUAUAAAAGUUCCAGCAAUCUGAUGUCCCAUCAACGUGUUCACACUGAUGACAGGCCUUUUAAAUGUCCAAACUGUGGGAAGUGUUUUAAAAGUUCUGGGGAACACAUGGUCCACCAACGUGUUCAUACUGAUGAGAGACCCUUUAAAUGCUCAGAUUGUGCAAAAUGCUAUAAAAGUUCUGGGGAGCUGAUGCGUCAUCAACGUGUUCACACAGAUGGGAAACCUUUCAAGUGCCUGGACUAUUGUGGGAAGUGCUAUAAGAGUUCUUGGGAACUGAUGUACCACCAACGAGUUCACACUGACGAGAGACCUUUUCAAUGUCCAGAUUGUGGGACAUGUUGUAAAAGUUCUGGAGAACUGUUGCGUCAUCAACGAGUUCACACUGAUGAAAGACCUUUCAACUGCCUGGACUGUGGGAAGUCCUAUAAAAGUUCUGGGGGGCUUAAAUACCAUCAGCAUGUUCACUUUGGCGAAAGAUCUUUUCACUGCACAGACUGUGGGAAGUGCUUUAAAACCUCUGGGGAACUGAUAAUUCAUCAACGUAUUCACACUGAGGAGAAACCAUUUAGAUGCUCUCACUGUGGAGCUGGAUUCAGGUGGUCAUCUGACCUCACCGUACAUCAGAGAGUUCACACCGGGGAGAGACCAUUCUUCUGCACGGAGUGUGGGAAGAGAUUCAUUCAGUCAUCCCAUCUCCUGAGACACCAGCGGGUUCACUCUGGGGAGAGGCCAUUCAGCUGCACUAAGACUGGAAAGUGA